AUGGAUGAAGCCUGGGGUGCACUCACAGACCAGCCGGCUGUGAUGCAGACAAGUGCUGUAACUGUGAGCCCUCACGGUGCUGCCAUCAACCACCCGGCUUCCCGUUCCAUCCUGGUGCCGUCCAGCUGGGGAAAGGAGAGCGGCCCUCUUCUCCAGCCCGACCUACUUCCAACACCACAGAUGCAGAGCUGCUGUCUGAACGGCAUGUGCGCCACACUUCUCUCUUCUAAGGAAUGA